CGAACUUGCUCUUGAUCGGCUGUCCAUGACUUACCCUUGGUACAACAUUAGAAGUGAUUAUGGAAACAAUAAAAUCAAAUACACCCACGAUGGAUCCACCAAGCAAACAAUUACUUUUACAGAUGGAAUGUAUUCCUACUCAGAUAUCAAUGAUUACAUUCAUCAAUACAUGGCUCAAAAAAUCAUCACACAACAGACUCAAGUGGAAAAAAAACUUAUUCAAUUAAUCUAACUUUUAUACUAACCACCUAUCGAGUUUUAAUUUCAAUUAGUAAUAACUAUCAACUUGAUCUGAGAGGAACAGAAUUUGGAGACCUAAUUGGAUUUGAAAAGAAACUUAUUACAAAAACAGAGUAUGGAACAAAACUACCAAAUAUCACAAAUUCGAUUGAUGUGUUGAAUAUCAACACAAGCGCAAUAACUGAUAGCAUUGUAAAUGGAAUAAAUACAAAUACCAUUGCUGUGAUACCAACAGACAAUCUCACAAGGUCUUUUCCAUUUACGUUUGAGCCUAAAAGACAGGGGCACCCAACGAGAAUAUAGUUCAAAACCACAUAAACAUAGCAUUGUUGAACGUACUUUAGUAUUUAAACGGUAGAUAAAGGCUUAUUUUUAUCCCCUAAAAAUUUUUCAUCUGUUCGGAUUUCCUAGCUGAAAGUAUAGUGAUCCGAAAAUUAUAGUGAUCAAAAUUUACCUUUUCGAAAAUUUCAGCCAGAAAAAAGGCUCUCGAAAAUUCUAGGUGACCUUUUUAGUGUAAAAAUCCGUUAAAAAUGGGCAAUUAUACCACUUUUUUGAUGUUCGAAAAUCCUAGGAGAGGUAGGCAAGCAAGAAAUUUUACAGAAAAUGAUCCGAAAAUUCUAGAUCUCAAAUCGUCUUCCGAACAGAUAAUUUUCCGAAAAUUGUCGUUGGGUGCCCCUGAAAAGACCAUUGUAUUGCCCUGUUUCUACAUUUCACAUUGAUGAAAUGAGAAUUUAUGUGACAGACUCGCUUGGAAGACCAGUAAAUUUUAAGGGUAUUGAUUGGUUUAAUAUAUAGAUUUAGCCAGGGCUAAAAGCGAAGCUCCAAUUUUAAUAAAUUUAUAAUUUAAAUCAAACCAUAAACUUUUAAUCCACAAAUCAUUUAACUUAAGGGCACAUUCAUGUGACUUUUGAGGGAAAGGCUAAGUUAUUUUAGAGUGAAACAUCUUACAUCGAAUUGAUAACCUUAUAUGUACACCCAAAAAAUAGCAAUCAUCUUCGAUCACAUUCAAGAUCACAGUAGAUUAGGCCUCGAAAACAAAUUCUUGGAAAACAAAUCACGCCCAAUCUUUUUGCGUUCGACAGGCUUACUUUACAAAUUCUUGCAAACAAAUCUGGGGGUGUUUAAACCAACCUUUUAUAAUUUUUAUAUACCACAUUUGAGGUGAAACAGUACUACUUAUCAUACAGAGCUCGGACAGAAUGCGGUAUUUCACAAUUUUUCAAGACAAAUUGCACUCAGUCAAUAUUCAGGACGAGCCAAACCGUUCAAAAAUUUCAGAAAAUUUCCAAAAUCACUCAUACGGCCAGUUGGUUCUUGUUUCUAUAGUGCGCGCUGUCAGUGUGGUCGAGUGUUUGAAUGAACUUUAACACAGUUACGCUUCAACAUAAUAGCGAAUUUAUUAUUUGUUUUGUUAUUUAAUGGUUUCGGUUAUAACGAUGUGUAAUCUUACUAAGCGUUUGAUACGCGCGACAUUUUUUAGUACUCCUGCAAGCGAUGGUCAUGAACGAUGAAAACAAACGGCACGGACAAGCGAUUAAAAUUGCAAGAGAGGCUACUAACAAUCAAAAAAAGAGAUAUAAUUCCGUGAAACAUUUACAAAGACAGCAAUUUUCAUUCACGAAGACAAGUAUUAAAGUGUCUCUAAGAAUCCUGAGUCUUUAAGCGUAAAGCUUAAGUUUAUGUUUUAGCCGGCUUCCCGGCGCGGUGUUUACUGUUUUCGAAGGUGAACUCCUCGAAGCAAGAAAAUCGCUCAAAGUUUUCUUUCUACAGCCAAAUUUACAACUAAAUAUUCUUCGGAACGUUUUCUUUCUAUUUGUGGUGAGCAAAUAUAUCUGAAGGCUUUUUAAAGUUCUGUAAGCUUAUAUCAAACCGGAUACCAGGGGUGUGUUCCUUUCGGCGAAUCCAAAAACGGAUUUUUGAUCCUAGAUUUGCCAGAUUUCGCGGUCGAAAGGAACGUGAAAUCCGAAAUUGGAUUUGUAACCUUGGUAACCUUUCGCCAACGCGUGCAAUAUGCACGACAGCCUCUCAAGAAAUGACGUGUUUUCUACUGUUUGACAAAUUAUGCGAUUAUACCGUGCAGAAUUUAGUGGUCGGCAGUUCGAAUAGCGACGAUGGAACAUAUAAAACAGACAAAGAAAGAAGCGCAUUAAAAUUGAAAAUUAUAUAAAGAAUGUCGGCCAGUUUGAUCCAGUUCCAUAGCUCGGAUUUAUCGAGUGCCUGUCGCGUCUACAAGCGAGUUUGUAGUUAGAUAGCAGUUCAUUUGUUACUUUUACUUAUUUCUGAUUUCAAGCAAUCUUUAGAGACAAAUGGUUAGUAUAUGGAUAUUUUAACGUACCAGGAAAAAUCUUCUAGUGUUUUCAGAUGUUUUGCGGCAAAUGGCAGCAACGGGGAAACUCUACGGCCUCUAUGGGAAUACUUCAACUGGAAAUACCGCUGGAUCAUCUGACUAAUUUCGGAUCCACUGUGAAUGGAACAGCGUAGAUCACUAAUCCGUUAAUCUGGAUUUGGAUUCUUCGGAUUUCAAAUCCAAUGAAUCCUUUUUCAAAAAGGAUUCACCAGAUCAAAAAUCCGGAUUUGGAUUUGCCGAAAGGAACGCGAAAUCUGUUCUUAGAUCUAAAAUCCGUUUUUGGAUUCACCGAAAGGAACACACCCUAGGUCAGAUCAUUGACUCAAAUCCUACAAACGUGCAUAAACUUGCCGCAUAAACUGUCAGCGUGAACUGUGCAAGACUUCAUGAAAACAUCAAAUACAAUAAUUACUUAGGCUUACCAUUCGAGAUUCAGUUCCUGAUAGCUAUCAAAAGAGGCCACAGUUGCUUGAGACUUUUAAACCCUCUUAAGGUGAAAAACGAAAACGAUGCCAUCCGAAAUCGAAUUACCGAAUUUUGACAAGCGACGCAUUUCUCAACCAAAACCCAGUAAACAAACCAGCCAUGAAUAACAGAAGACUCUUGAUAGCAGCUGUAUUUCAUUUUGUACAUCCAGAGGAAAAAGACAGUUAAAAACAUCACAAGUUGACACAAAACUCUGUCAGCUUCAGCUGUCAAAGUAAACUACUUUCAAGAUGCUGCAUAUUUUCCGCAUGAACUCACCUGUCAAAUUUUGACCAAUCAGAGUAUAAAAAUUGGACGUAGAGCGUGACCAACGCGUGACCAUGGUAAGGUAAGGUCUUCCCCGCCUGUACUUUUAAAAAAACUGGAUGAAUUCUCGCUUCCGAGGUCAGUUUGAAAUCAAAAUCCUAAUAAUGCGGGGCCAUAGUGACAUAAACACAAGAUAUUUGAUAUGAAUCCUUGGAAAAAAUAAACUUGAGCCUACGAUCAUUUGAAACUGGUAAUUUGUCAGCGGAUAACUUUAAAAAAAUACUCGACCUCGAUGGGUCGACACUUGAGCCCGCGGUACGGUCAGGUGAUACUGGUCAGCGGAUGCCCUGUUUUGAUAGCUGUCAAUUGAUCACAACAUUGAUGUGCAGCCUGUGUAAUUAGUUUUCUCUUGGGCUCCCAAACUAGCUAAAAGUGUGAGAGUAAACAUUGGUUUUCCUGUGGUGCGGACGGACGGUGCGCGGUCGCUGUACGGUCACGUGAUUACCAAAUUUUCUGGGAUGGGUAGAUUUACUUAGCAAUGGGGCUCCGCCCAUGCGCGCGCUUCGCACGCGCGUGGAGCUCCGCUAUGACUUUGAUACUCCAUUCAAUGUAAUAUAACUAUUAAAAUAAAAUGAUGAGACAAUCAGAGUUUAAAAUGAAACUUGACCCUGAAUUGGGUAGAUAUACAAGACAAUAUAUUUAUGGAGAAGGAAUGAUGGAUGUGUUUAAAUCGUUUGGUUUAAAAAUUAUUUGGAAAAACAGUAAAAUCAGCUGCUAAAAAAGCGGUAACAGCAGCUGCAACAAAAACUGGUGAACAUGUUGGCAAAAAGGCUGGUGAUAAGAUAGUGCAAAUGUUAUCCAAAAGUAAUAAUAGUAAACCAAAAGUUACUUUUAAUGAAAAUGUUGAAACAAUUCCAAGUAAAAAAGAGAUAAAUCAAAGAGUGAAUGCCACUCUUAGUGGAGGUUCAACACGUAAGAGAAAAAUUAUAUAAUUAUUAAAAUAAAAUGAAGUCCUUUAGAAAUCCAAAAUAUUUAAAAAGAUAUGAGGAUGUUGUUUAUGACCUGGAACAGCCUCUAGAUACAGCCCCAGCAAAUAACACACAACAAACUAAAACAGGCCUUAGAUUUGUUGCUAAUAAUACAGGAGAAGCUACUCCUUUUGAUUGGUAUAACGCACGAUUAUCAAUGGAUUUUAAAGUAAAUAAGUUGGCAGAUGGAGGAAACAUUGCGCUUGCUGACCAUAACGGAAUUGUAAAUGGUAGUAACUCCUUUAUAGAAAACUUAAGUACCCUGGCAAAUGGAAGAGACGUUUAUAGUUGUAAUUACGCAAAUCAUGUUGUAAAUAUUAAAAAUUUGCUUGAGUAUAAUCCUUCAUAUGCUCAGAGUGUAGCUACAAACGAAUUUUAUUUUCUUGAUACAUCAAGAGCUGCAGAAGAAAGACCUGCUCAAGCAACUUAUAAUAAAGGUUUUCAUGCAAGAAAAUUACUAUUAGGUGCAUCAGCCACAGUAAACUGUGAAAUUCCUCUUAAUAGAUAUUCUUUCUUUGAAGUAUUGGAAGAUAAAUUACUUCCAAAUACAAAAAUUGAGCUAAAUAUCGAAAUUGAAAAUGAUGCAAAUUUAAUUUUUAAAGCUGCUGAUGAUUGUAGAGUUAUUAUAACAAGACUACAACUUUUUAUUCCAAGACUAACGUUUAAUUCGGAAGGACAAAAGUUGUACAUGGAAAAUUAUCUUAAACCUUACAAAUGGACAUAUUUAAAUGAAGUAAUUGAAAGGUCAAAUAAUACACAGCAACAGACAGGACAUUUUAGAAUUACAAAUGCUAUUUCAAAACCACGUCAUGUAUUUGUUUUUGGAAUUAAUACAGCAAGAAUUGAUGCACAAACAGCAAAUCCAUUUUUAUACGACACUUUUGAUCUGCCAAUAAUGCUAGUAUAUCAAGAUGUUACCUGGAAGUUGCAAAUGGAAACGAAUAUCCAGAUAUUCACUUUAAACCCUCUACAGAUAUGACAAGAGUUUUUAGAAAUGUAAUGUCAUACGUUUAUGCAAAUAAUGAUUAUCAAGGUGGAAUAUUACUUAACAGAAGUAAUUUUGAAACUUUAUUUCCUUUUGUUUAUUUUGACCUGACAAAACAAAAAAUGGAUAUCAAAGAUGGUGUUACAAAACUAGCAUUUCAUUACGAGUUAUCUGAAAAUCCAGACGCCAAUUAUAAUAUUUACGCAUUAGUCUUACAUGAAAGAGUAGCAGAAAUAUCACAACAAGAUGGAAAACUAUUGCUUCGUGCUUAAUCUAAAAAUAAAAUAAAAUGAAGAACCAAAUAGGUAAUUACGUACAACAUAUAAUAUACUUAACACCAUCACAAAUAAAAAGUUUUGGAAAAAGCUAUAUUAUACCUCAAGACUAUAGCAACCUAAAAAACAAAAAACGUUUUAUAGUUUUUCUUACAAAAACCCAAAUUAAAAAACUUGACAAGGCAAAGGCAAAUAAGGAAUAAGUUGAUUUAAAAUUUAGUAAAACACAAUUUAAAAAAACUUUAAAUCAUGUUAGUAUAAAAAAUAGGAAAAAUCUUCAACUUUUACUUAAAAAUAUAAAAGAAGAAAAUAGGAAAAAACUAGAUAAAAUAAAUAAAAUUAAACUUCAUUUUUUACUUAAAAAUAAAAUAAAAUAAAAUAAAUAAACCUAAACCUAAAAAGAAAAAAAUAACAGAUUUAGUUAAAUUUCCUGAAAUUAAUUUAAUAUAAAUAUUAUAAUAAAAAUGACUACUUAUAUAGAAUAUGGUGUAACACUUACAGAUGGACAAAAGUCAAAACUGGCUUCUGCAAUAUUAAAUUUAAAACAUUCACAUCUUCGAGGUUCUGAUGAGUUAAUGCUAACAAAAAGACAAAUUGCUAAAAUAAAAAAAAUCACUGGCAAAUGGCACAGGAAGUGAUAUAAAGAUAAGUAAAACUCAAAUAAGAAAAUAUGUAGAACAUGGUGGAAACUUAUUUACUUCACUCGCAUCUCUUGGAGCAAAAGUACUACCAUAUGCAAUAAAAGGAAGUUCAAAAGCUGUUCAUGCAUUGGCAACUGGUGCUGCUACUGCACUUGGAGAACUUGGAAUAAAUAAAAUAUUUGGAAAGGGAAUUAAAAUUCCAAAAAAUUUUAUCCCAAGGUUACCUCCUUUAGCAAGAGAAUAUACCAAAUCACAAAUAGACCUAAUAAACAAAGCUUAUCAAACAGGCGGCCGACUGGUUAUAAAACCAACUCGUAGACAGAUAGAAGGAGGAUUUCUUGGAACUCUUGCCUCAAUUGGAAUUCCAAUGGCAAUUAGUUUAGUAUCUAAAAUGUUUGGCUCUGGGCUUCAGGUUGAUAGACAAUCAUCAUCUAAUACAGCAAAUGUUUACGUUCCACAUCCUCCUCCACCCACAUAUGGUGAAGGUUAUCCUUAUCUCUCACCACCCUUUUUCGGUACAUGGGAAAACCCAAUUGGAAUGGGGGUUAAAAAAGAACAGUCCAAGGGCGAAGGACUUCUUCUAGGAAAAAACAGCCCUUUCAACUCAAUUCCAAUAAUAGGAGAUAUUUUGUAAUUAAACCAUUAUCCAACUUUGACCUCAUGGAUUGGGUAAAGAAACUUGGUAUUAAGCAUUUUAGAGGGAUUUACAGUCGUGAUGGGCUACCCAGAAAGAUUAAAAAAGAAUGCGGAAUAAUCAAUCUCGAUGAUACUCAAGGAUCUGGCACACACUGGAUUUGUUAUAGAAAUAUAGAUUCAGUGGUUGAGUACUUCGAUCCAUUUGGUUUGAUAAUGCCAAAUGAAGCACUGGUGUAUUUUCAUACUUCUGGAAAACGCAUAGUUUACUCAAUGGAUGAAAUACAAAAUCGCAGUACUGUUCUCUGUGGUUACUGGUGUUUAUAUUAUCUGUUUGAGCGACAAAAAGGUACUAGUAUUCUAGACGUAAUACAUAACCCGCAUUUCGAUAAUGACAACAGCGAUUUUAUAAAAGAGUAUUUUGGAGGAUAAAAAUAAUAUUUAUUAACUAUUAUUUUUUUACUCUUUAUUUACUAAAUUUUUAAAAUGAUCAAUAUCAAAUUUUAAGAUUUUUAAACAAUCAUAAAUAUGAACAAGAUUAUUUAAAUUACUAUCAUCAUUUUUCUUUCUAAGAGUCUCAAACUCAUUAUUUAUUUGUGUUCGUACAUCUUUCUCAGAAAAAAACUUAGCUUCCAUUUAUAAAUAGUAUAUAUUAUCUUUUCCCCUUAACAACUCUUUUAUCCCUUUUAAUUUCACAUCAAUUUCAGAUAAACUUACCACAAUUCUGUUGUAUUUUUCUUCUGUGUUCACAUAUCUAAAACCCACUAACUCAUAAGUUUCAUCUAACGAUUCUUCAAUAUUCAGUAUCUUUUUUCUAAGAUGUUCCAUUUAUUAAUAGGUUAUACAAAUAAAUAAUUUCCUCUUAUCAUUCUUUGAAGUGUACCUGAUUUUUCAUUUAUCUCCAUAAGAAUCUUAAAUACUUCCAAAAACCGCUUAUUUUCCACUGCAGUCGUAUAAUUAACACAUUCAUAACUUGUGUUUAAUUUAUCAUAUAUCUUCUCAAGUUCCUCUUUUAUAAACUGGUAUCGCGAUCCCAUUUUAUCUAAGUAUUAUACUAAAUGAAAGAAUCAUAUUGUAUUGUAGAUAAAAGAGUAACUCCUUGCACAGAGCCAAGUGGUUACCAAAAAGAUAAAAGAGGGCGUACUCAAUUCUAUUGUAGAUGCGCAGUUUGCGGAAAUAAAAAAGUGAGAUAUGUGAAAAUGGGAUCAGUUCCAAUGACUGGAAGUGGAAAAAAGAGAAAACGAAAAUCAAAAAACUAGUAAGCCCGUCUGAACGGGCGGGCGUUUUUAAUACUGUAGUUGGCACAGCAGUUGAUGGAUUUGUUCAUUAUGGUUUACCUUGGAUGGGUAAAACAGCAGUUGAAAUGGGUCGAUAUGGAGCAAGCGAGUUAAUGAGAAAUACAAAUCUUCAAAAGAAAGCUGUGAAUUAUGGGAUUAAUAAACUCACUCCAUUUAUUCAAGAUUCUGUUAGAACAGCAAUGGAUGAACUAUCAACAAAAGUGAGACCAAAAAAGAAAUAUAAAACUGAUAGACCAGAAUUGGAUGGAAAAGGAAUUGAUGUUCACAAAUGGAUUGGUAAAUUACCAAAACCAAAAGCAGGAUGGACUCCAGGUAAGUAUAAAUAUAUGGGAUCCUACAAUCCUCUCGAACAACAAUUAAGUUAUAAUCCUGAGACCGGAGAAGUUACAGAGUGGAAAGUUAAACCGUAUAACAAAGUUGAUGAAAUUGCAGCUUAUCACGACAUUUGUUAUGACAUGGGAAGAAACAAAGGCGAUUGCGACAGAGAGAUGGUACAAUCUUUGGAUGAAAUACCCUAUGGUGAAAUGCCAAAGUGGGGCUCAACUGCAAGAUUCUUAAUUAAUACAAAACAAAAACUUGGAUUUGGCCUUCAAAAAAACGCGCGUCGGCGUUUAGUAGUGAUUGGUCUCAACAAUUAGCCGACGAACGUCACAAACCAAUCACAAGAAACUUUCAAAAGAGAUCAGUGGUGACAAACGGAAUUGAUGAUAUCUGGGCUGCUGAUUUAGUUGAAAUGCAAAAGUUUGGUAAGUGGAACAAAGGGAUUAAAUAUCUUCUAAUGGUUAUUGAUGUGUUUAGCAAGUAUGGUUGGAUUAGGGGAUUGAAAGAUAAAAAAACUGAAACUGUUAGUAAAGCAUUUGAUGACAUAUUCAAGAGUAAACGUAAACCAAGGAUGCUAUGGACUGAUAAAGGUUCUGAGUCUAUAAGUAAACAUUUCAAAGAUUUUCUGAAAAGAGAGGGAAUCAAACUGUAUCACACUGAAAAUGAAGAAAAAUCUAGUGUUGUUGAGCGAUGGAAUAAAGCAAUGAAAAACAGAAUGUGGAAGAUGUUUACUGUGAAUAACAACACUGUUUACUGGGACAAGAUAGAUAAACUAGUUAAUGAUUACAAUAAUGCGAGACAUUCCAGUGUAAAAAUGACUCCAGUUGAAGCGAGUAAAAAGAAGAAUGAAAGUAAAGUUUGGUCUAAUUUGUAUGGUGAUUCUGUUUACUUGAAACCUUGUAAACCAAAGUUUUCGAUUGGUGAUAAAGUUAGAAUUUCUAAGUAUAAGAGAAAGGUAUUUGAUAAGGGUUACACACCAAAAUGGACAGAGGAGAUAUUUGUAAUUGAUAAAGUUUUACCAACAAAACCUGUUACGUAUAGUAUUGUUGAUUUGACAGGAGAAGAGAUUAAGGGUUCUUUUUACGAGCAAGAAUUACAGAGAGCAAAACAGCAGACAUUUAGAAUAGAAAAGAUUAUCAGACGAGAUAAUAAAAAGAAAAUGGCAUUAGUGAAAUGGAGUGGAUAUCCUGAUAAAUUUAACUCAUGGGUACGUUCUAAGAAUUUGCUUGAUUUUUAAUACAAAUAUAUGUAUUAAAAAUAAAUCCUAAUAUUACUCAGUUACUUCUUUAUCAGAUAUAACUAAGUCUUCAAGACCAUCUUUUGUAUAAUCACCCUCACUCUCUUCCUCUUCAUCUUCCUCUUCCUCUUCCUCUUCCUCUUCAAUUGUUAGUAAAGACUCUCUAGGUUUUAAUGGUUUGACAUAGCACUCAGAUCAUGUACUUUUAUUUGUAAAGCUGUAACAGUCUUACUUAUAAAAAUUCCUUCGAUUAUCAGUGCCAUGCGUACAUUGUAGUACUGAUCAAUAUAUCUAAAAGGAUUUAAAUCUUGAUUUCCCUUUGUCUUAAACAAAGAAAGAAUUUUCUUAGAUUUUUCUGAGUAAAUAAGUUUUGCGUAAAGAACUGGCGCGGAUGAGGAAUCUAUUCUUGUUUUCGUCUUUCCUUUCUUAUCUAUAUAUUCUUCCUGUUUGUAAUAAAAUGGUGAAGACAGAGAUGAUGCUAAAUCUGCACCGUAGUCAUUUUCUAGAUGUUGCUGGCAAAUAGUUGUUAUAUUGUUAAUAGCAUCAAAAAAUGCUUUUUUUUUAGUAUUCGGCUCACUAUCUUUAGCCCAAAGGCAUACUGGAAUACUAUAACCUACUAACUUGUUUGUUUCUUGGUUCUUCUUCUCAUUCACGCCAAAAGAGAAAAGAAGUGGAGUUUCAAUUACCAAAGCUCCUUUUUUUCCAUUUGGAUAUUUGACUUCAAUUGGGAUACGCUCAUACUUAAUCUUGCUAUCUUUAACCUUAUACUCUUUAGCCUCAAAAGAUAAUGUUGUCAGUCGUUAGAUGAUCGUAACUGGAUAACUGCAUUUUUAUUAUAAUAAUUUCAUCUUUAAAUCAUAAUUUAUUUUUCUGGCCAAAGUAAAUUCACACUCCAAUAAUUAGCCGAUUCAGGAUUAGUAAACGUUAACUCACCCUGUUUGUUUUUUAUCUUUUUAGCUCGAGCAAGAUACCUCUCUUUUCGCUCUUCAUUUUUAUGAAUUAAAAAGUCUGGAUAUUGUGAUGACCCAAAAUGAAUAUACUUUCCACUUGAAAGUGUUGCUACAUAUUUGUUAUUUUUGCGUGUUGAAUAAUCAAACGAUUCAGCACCGAGUUUUUUAGCCUUUUUGGCUAGUUUUUUAAACUCUUUACCGGUAACAACAUAUUUAUCAUCAUCAGAUGAGGAGGAAUCUUUAGGCUCAUAUGUUGGAUCGUCAUCAUGAUUAUAACCAUCAUCAACUAUAAAAUCUUUGUCUUCUUUUGUAAGAAUAUCGUUCUUAGAUUCCAUUUUAUCAUUUGAUUAGAUUAAUUUUUUUGUUGGGAAUUUCCCUAAAGUUAUAAAAGCAACAUUUUAAUCUUAUUAUAAAUCUUAUCCUCAUAAAUUUUUGUAUAAUUAUACUUAUUUUUAUAAUUGUUAAGUUUUCUAUCAACUCCUGAAAAUCCACCCCUACUCAAAUCAUAAUCAAUCAUAUUAUGUGGCCUUUCUUUAAAAUUAGAAAAAACAAUGAAUGUAAUUAAGCUAUGAUAAAUAUUUGGAUCUAAUAGCCGUAAUCUAGUCUUUCUAUCUGUUUGUUGAUUAAUUACUUUUCUUUUCCACUUUUCUAUUUCUGAAGGAGUUAUUUCACCUUUAUCCAAGUCAUUUAGUUUAAUUUUUUUCACAUCAUUAAAUAAAAGUUGUUUUAAAUUAUAAUUAUUACCCACUAAAUAUCUAAAUGGAGGGGUUUCAUUAAAAUCUUCUUUUACUCAUACUACAUUUUCAGGAUAAAGAUCACAUUUGUCAAAAGUAAUUCCACAUCUAUAAUAUUUAUCUAAUAACUUAAAAUAGUCCAUUUCGUUUAAUAUAUCACCCUCAACUUCAUCAUCAAAAGAACAAUAAUAUUUAUAUACCAAAAACAUAGUUUUUUGAUAAGGAUGAUUUUUUGCUAAAUCGUUAAUCAUUUUUAAAUCAUAAGGUUUAAGUUUCCAUUCUGAAGGUAUACAAAAAAGAUUUUAUGACCUUGCUAUAAAAUUAUGGGAUCUAGGGGUUAGACCAAAGAAAGAUUAAAUCUUGUAACAAAUAUUUGUUAGAAGAUUAUUAAUAAUCACUAUCACUAUCAGACUCUGAAUCUUCACCACUAGCAAACAUAGUGUCAAUCUCAUCACUAUCAAUCCCAUCAUCACUAUCACUAUCAGGCCAAUUAAUUAAAGACUCAAAUGUUACUAAUUUAAAUUUACUAUGAAAUAACUCAAUACAUUUAAGAAGAUUUUUAUAACCUGGAAAUUCACGAUCUACAAAUCUAUCAAACCCUUCUUGAUCAAACUCCCAUUCAUCAUCAACAUAAUCUCCAAAAUCACCUAAUUUUUCUAAAAGUAUAUUUGAAAAAGGAAGAUUAAUAUCAUAAAUCUUUAUAUUAGUAGUAUCAUUAAGAUAAUUCAAUCGCUGGGCUUUUUCAAGUAUAUUUAUAUACUUUUUUAUCUUGUCAACUCUAUGGUUUUCAAAUACCCCUUUAUCCGCCUUAUUUAUAUUAUCUAAAAAAUACUCAAAACACUUAUCAAUACUUCUUAUAAAAAGAUAUUCAUUUCUGUAAUCGCUUGCAUAAUCUGGGAUUUUAUUUUGAGUUAGAACGUUACAAUUAUGGUCAGACUGAGGCAGGAUACCCAUUUUACUUACUACUAUCAGGUAAUCGCAAAAUUUUUGCAGUUUCACUGCUUUAAGUUCGUAUCGAAACGACUCGUUUCCUUUAUGCUACUGCGGGGCAUUUGCCCGCCUUUUCAGUACAAGGAGUGGGGCAAUUGCCAAUUUUGCGCUGCCCGAUAGCCGGGCUUUUGCCAAACUCGGGGCUAUUCCGGAGCUUUUGAUGAUGCUCGCGGUUUCCUAUCAGAAUAUUACUACACAGAGGAUAUUACUGGAAAAAAGGCAGAUUGGCUCAUCUGUCAAGGACGGGGUUGUAAAGGCAUGUUCUCGAUUUUAUGCAUGCAUUUUUUCAUUGCUUUUCAAGCCAGCAGAAUUACAUAGAGAAACUCGGGAGCUAUCAACGUGAAUCAACGUUUUUUGGUUAGUGAAUUAAAUUUAUGUAUUUGAAGAACAUCCUUUCAUAUUUAUAAAACUAUUCAUAACAUAGAAGUUUACAGUGCUCUAUUAAUUUUAAUGUCAAUAAUUUUAUAUCAAUACUAAAACCUACUAGAAUCCUAGUGCUAUUUUAAAGAUUUGGAAUAAAAAAUCGCACAUUAAAAUGCUUAUAACGGCACUAUUCAACUGUGUGAUCAACUCUUCUUUUGUCCCCACUGCGGGGGAUUUGACAGCUCUAGAGUUCCCACCCCCGGGUACUUCUCAUCCAAGGCAAAAAAAAUGCUAAUGCUCAGGGGUCAGCCCGUGGGGGCGGUCUGGGCACAGCUGGAAUCGACUGAUGCAUUACAGUCAAUCAAUGAGGUUACAUUAUUGCUCUCACGCCAAAAUAUAAUGUGUCAGGUUAAUUAAGGUUUGUGUCCGUCCUCUUUCGCUCAAACAAGUUGUGCCAAGUUUGAAAAAAAUCUGGAGUACAUCCUUUUUCAAGGGAAUUACUUUUAGGUUUCUUGAAAAAAUGAUUUUUCUGGCUCUCUUGUAAUCCAGAAAAUUUCGUUUUGUUUUUGUCAUUCAGGCAAGGAAACAUCAACCAAACAAUUACAGUCUUGCUCAGUAAUCACAAACACUGUAGGAGAGAACCAUCCAAGCAUAGCUGACAGUUACCACACAUUGGGAGUCACUGAACGGGUCCGAUGCAAUUUUCCAACUGCUGUUAAGUAUGCACAGCAAGCUCUAAGCAUAAGACUCCAGCUGUAUGGGGAAGACCAUCCAAGCAUAGCUGAGAGCUACCAUGCACUUGGUGACACGCAGCGCGCUAUGGGCGACUAUGCCGCAGCUCUCGAGUCUGCAAAGCGUGCCCUAAGCAUCCGGCGUCAGGUGUUUGGAGAAGAACACUUAAGCACAGCUGAAAUGUACCACUCCCUUGGGGAUACACAACGCGCUUUAGGCGACUAUCCUUCUGCGGUCGAGUCUGGAGAGCGUGCGCUUGCCAUUAGACGCAAGCUGCUUGGAGAAGAGCACUUAAGCACAGCCGACAUCUAUCACUCCAUAGGAGACACCCAGCGCGCUUUAGGCGACUGUCCUUCCGCGCUCUUGUCUGGUAAACGCGCACUUGCUAUUAGACUCAAGCUGCUUGGAGAAGAACACUUAAGCAUAGCCGACAUCUAUCACUCUAUUGGGGACACACAGCGCGCUUUAGGCGACUAUACUUCAGCACUCGAGUCUACAAAGCAUGCACUUGAUAUCAGAAUAAAGCUUCUUGGAGAAGAGCAUCCAAGCACGGCAGACAUUUUUCAUUCUCUUGGAGACACACAACGCGCUCUAGGGGAUUUAUCUUCAGCCCAUCAAUCUCAGGAACGCGCACUAAAGAUAAGACAGAAGUUGUUUGGAAAAGAGCAUGUAAACAUCGUUGACUCUUGA